UGAUGAUAAUGCUGACGACGGCAAUUAAAAAAAUCCAAAAAAGAAAAGGAAUAAAAGAAGGAAGUUGGUGAUGGGGGAGAUCUCACGGCCGACGACAGAUCCCCUCUCCAAUGGCGGAAACCUCUCCGGCGAAGUGGGAAGGCCGAGUUUCCGAGGCGCUAACAGUGGCCAGCGCCGACCAGAUAUGGCCGAUGCUCAAGGAUUUCUUCAAUUUCCACAAAUGGUUUCCAACCCUAGCCACCUGCUACGGAAUCGCCGGCACCAAUGGCGAGGUCGGCUGCGUCCGAUUCUGCUCCGGCUUCUCAAUUCCGUCACUCGACGGCGCCGAUCGCGUCGUUAGCUGGUCCAAGGAACGGCUGCUAGCCGUCGAUGACGACAGCCGCCGUAUACGCUACGAGAUCGUGGAUAGCAACAUCGGAUUCAAGUCGUACGUGGCCACGAUCGAGAUCGCGCCGGGAGGAGGCGACGGCGUGAUCGAAUGGAGGUUCGCGGUGGAGCCGGUGGAAGGUUUGAAGCUGGAGGAUCUGGUGAAGAAGUACCAAGAGGGAUUGCGGUCCAUGGUUAAGCGAAUGGAGGCUGCCCUAGAACUAGAAGAAUAAGGAAUUAGGGCAAAAUUGUAAUAGUCCACGUUGGGGUUUGUCCUAACUGGUAAUUUCGUAACCCUAUAUAAAUUGCUGUCAUCAUCACAACUUUAAUCGGUUUUAAAUUUUCUGGA